AGAUGUUCUCUGUCCAUGCGUCCAUCAAGACUGAACCUGAAGGUUCACGAUGACCUGCAGAUCAGCUGAUCAUUUCAAAUGCUGUACUUCCGGGUUGACGCAGCUCGCCGUCAUUUCCCGUGUUGUCGUUUCAGAGUAAUUGUUUAGAAUGUCAAACUUUGAAUAAGAACUAAAGCCUUGUUUAAACCUCUACAAUGAUGAGGCAUUUGCUGUUCUUUGCACUGGUUGCUCCUUGUUGGAUCAACUGUGCGGUUAAACGGUCUCCCCCUGCGGGGAAGAGCUCCGAGGACGAGCCUGAGAUGGAGUCCCUGAACUCGAUCCUAUCGGACUUUGAGGUGCUCCCCUGGUCGGGGCUCCAGCUGCACUCUGUUCGGAAGAGGGACGCCCAAACCAGGUCCCACUUGGAGCGGCUUGUCACGUUCCAGGCCCUGCAGAGGAAUUUCAAGCUAUACUUGACCACAAACACGGACCUGUUCACUGAGAACUUUAAAGCCGUGUUUGUUGAUGAACAAGGACUGGAGGAGAAGUACGACGUCCAGCUCCAGAACUACUUCACUGGACACGUUGUAGGGGAGGAGAAUUCACGUGUACAGGCACACAUUGAUGGGGACGAGUUCUCUGCCCACAUUCUGACGGACGAAGCGGAGUAUAAUGUGGAACCCCUGUGGAGGUUCACUAACUCUCCCCAAGAUGGCCGCGUGCUGGUCUAUCGCUCGGAGGACAUCAGGAACAUCAGCCGCAUCGCCUCGCCCAAGGUGUGCGGCUACAUCCACGCAGAGGCUCAGCAGCUGCUGCCCGCCGGCGCAGCCAGGCCUGGGGGUCUGCCGGAGGACGAGCUCCUGCACCGAGCGAAGAGGCUGGCCCACGACCACAAGAAGAACACCUGCCCCCUGCUGCUGGUGGCCGACUACCGCUUCUUCCAGCACAUGGGGCGCAAGGAGGAGAGCAUCACACUGAACUACCUGAUCGAGCUGAUCGAUCGAGUGGACGACAUCUACCGGAACACCACCUGGAACGAUGAGUUUAAGGGCUACGGGGUUCAGAUCCAACAGAUCAUCAUCAACAAGGUGCCCACCACCAUAAAGGACCACAAGGGGCGGACCAGGGCGCACUACAACAUGAAGGGCUCGCCACAGGAGGGCAAGGACGUGUGGGACGUCAAGAAGCUGUUGGAGCAAUUCAGCUCGGACAUCGCGGACAACGCGUCCACCGUGUGCCUGGCCCACCUCUUCACGUACCAGGACUUCGACGAGGGCACCCUGGGGCUGGCCUACGUGGCCCCGUCCAAGGCUCUGGCGCUGGGGGGCCUCUGCCCUCGACCGUAUUACCCCUCUACCUCUGCCCGGAAGCCCAGCUACCUCAACACAGGGCUGACCAGCACCUUGAACUUUGGGAAAACCAUCCUGACCAAGGAGGCGGACCUGGUCACCACCCACGAGCUGGGGCAUAACUUUGGCGCGGAGCAUGACCCCGACAACCUGCCGGCCUGCGCUCCCACGGACGACCAUGGGGGGAAGUUCAUCAUGUACCCCAUCGCUGUGAGCGGGGACCAGAUCAACAACAAGCACUUCUCCAGCUGCAGCAAGACCUCCAUCGGGAAGACGCUGAGCUUCAAGGCUCACGAGUGCUUCAAGGAGCGCAACAGCAAGGUAUGCGGAAACUCGCGCGUGGAGGAAGGGGAGGACUGCGACCCGGGGCUGCUGCACCUCAACGACGACCCCUGCUGCACGGCCGAGUGCAAGUUCAAACCCAAUGCGCAGUGCAGUGACAGAAACAGCCCGUGCUGUAAGGGCUGCGUGUUUGAGCAGGCGGGGAAGCGCUGCCAGGAGGCCAUCAGCGCCACCUGUAAGGGCGUGUCCAGCUGCACAGGUGAAAGCAGCGAGUGCCCGCCCCCGGAGAAUGCCCUUGACGACACCCAAUGCGUGGACAUGGGCAAGUGCCUCUCCGGGGACUGCAAUCCCUUCUGCGAGGCGGUGCAAAACCUGCAGUCCUGCGCCUGCAACGAAACUGAGAACUCGUGUAAAGUGUGCUGCCGGGGGAAAGACGGAACCUGCUCUCCGUUUAUGGAGGCGGACGACAACUUCCUCUACCUGCGCAAGGGCAAGCCCUGCACUGUGGGGUACUGCGACGGGAGUGGAAAGUGCAUAAAGUCAGUGCAGGAUGCGAUCGAGAGGCUUUGGGAUUUCAUUGACAAGCUCGACAUAAACACAUUCGGGAAGUUCCUGGCUGACAACAUCGUGGGCUCCGUGGUCGUCUUCUCGCUCGUCUUCUGGAUCCCCCUCAGUAUUCUUGUUCACUGUGUGGACAAGCGUCUCGACCAGCAGUAUGAGCAGCAGCAGAGCAAGCCCUACCUCUUCCCCCCCAGUAGUCAAGAAAUGCAGAGCGGCCUAGAGGGGGGACACAUGCCCAUCAAACAGCCGCCCUCCUUCUCCGGCGGCCCGACCGCGCCCUGCUUCCAGCCGGGUUCAGACCUGCCCCCGACGGGCCCGGCGGGGGCCUCCCCAUCGGGCAGCAGUGUUACCCCGGGCCCAGGCCCGAGCUCCGGCCUCCCCGGGGGGACCAGGAUGGACACCAUCCAGGAGGACAGCAGCACCGAGUCUCACCCCGGAGAGGAGGGCCCCCCGGGGGACGGGCAGCCCACCGUCGCAGCCUGCUGGUCGGGUACGAAGUCCUCCUGCGAGGAUCCGAUCGCGCGGAGCCCGGGGGGGCGGGAGCGCCGGCCGCUCCACAGGCAGGCCUGCGUUGACACCAAGGAGACGGAGUGCUGAGCCGCGCCACACGAGGGAACACCCCCCCCCCCCCCCCCCACACACACAUGGAGGAACCUCCUGCAGAGGCAUUCGCUCUAAAUCUACACACACAUUGAUAAGCAUUUUAAGUGACAUUGAGUG